AAGCAAGUUGGCGAAGCUAAAGAGCAUUGGCCAACUUAGAAAAUGGUUCGCGGGCGCUUGUGCAUCUCGGCUUCAUUCUAGCACUACGUGUCACACGCGUCACAAUUCACACUACACUCGUCUCCUCCUACCCACCAUGUUCAUUCUUCAAUGGUUCUGGGAUGUUUUGGCUCAACUGGGUCUAACCCACAAGAACGCCAAGAUUCUCUUCCUUGGCCUCGAUAAUGCAGGAAAGACAACCUUGUUGCACAUGCUCAAAAACGACAGGCUGGCCACCCUGCAGCCCACACUCCAUCCCACAUCGGAGGAGCUGGCCAUUGGCAACGUCAAAUUCACAACUUAUGAUUUGGGUGGACAUUCGCAAGCUCGUCGCCUGUGGCGUGACUACUUCCCCGAAGUAGACGGCAUCAUCUUCCUUGUCGACAGUGCCGACUUCGAACGUUUCUCAGAGGCGAAAGCAGAGCUUGAUGCUCUUCUGUCUAUUGAGGAUCUUUCAAAAGUUCCUUUCCUUGUUCUUGGAAACAAGAUCGACGCUCCUGGCGCUGUGAGUGAGGAGGAAUUGAGGCAUCACCUUGGUCUUUACCAGACCACUGGCAAGGGCAAGGUUCCCCUAAGCGACAUCAGGCCGAUUGAAAUCUUCAUGUGCUCAGUGGUCCAGAGGCAGGGCUAUGGAGAGGGUUUCCGGUGGAUUUCUCAAUACAUUUAAUUUCUACCAUCGUAGUAUGACCUUUCAUAGACUUUAUAGCUACUUAUGCAUUCAUUUCGUUUUGACCACCCCUUCCCCCCCUCUUUGGCACAGCGAAAGACGAACAAGCGGAAUGGGGUACCGCUAGAACUUCUUCCCUAUUUUCCAUCUGAAAAGCCAUCUACUGACCUUGCCUUCAUAGCCUUUAGAAAUGCUAUCUCGUGUAGCAGACUACUUCAGCCCUUUGAGCCUCAUAUGUUUGUAAAGCGUCGUGAAAUUGGACUUUUUUUUAUCUCCAA